AUGAGCCGCGGUUGGGCACUUGUAUUUCUGACGCUGAUCCUCUCGGCCGCUGCCAUGUCCCCCAAGGUCGCGCCCGCGCUGGCCACGGCCUUUGAGACGACGGACCGCGUCAACAUCAUGGUCGAGCUCGACGGAUCGACCGAGUCGGUCGAGAACCGGUCGUCGUCCUCGGGCGACAACACCAACUACAUGCACGACCUGCAAGCGUUCACCGCAGCCCGGCAGCAAGCCGUGAAGGAUGUGCUCGCUUCGCAUCCGACAGAGUUCACGGGCGAGCCCAAGUUUUUUUGGAUCACAAACAAGGUCUCGGUGCCUCAAGCGUCUGCUGUCCUCGUCAUGGAGCUCGCGGACCUGCCUUCCGUCGUCGCGAUCACGGGCCAGCACAUUGUCCAUAUCCAACCCAUCUCGAUCGAGCGCGAAGGUUUCUAACUACAAACUCGCUUGCGUUUCUUCUCGCAACCA